GCAGGACAUUUCCAAGACAUCCACAGGCACACUUCAUCAACAACCGAUCUAUGGAGAUCUUCCGCAAAUUGGAUGGCCUCACAAAGGAGAUCCAGAGGUCCCAACCACCAGUAGAUUUUUGGAGAAAGUUUGUAUACUGUAUAUCUCUCACUGGUCCUCUUCUUGGGUCAGUUGACCAUAUGCAACCUCAAGGGUUGUCAGCCCAAUCUCUGUUGCACACUUCUCACAGUACAAACUGACCAACUUACUACUUAAGCAGCUCGAAAACCUUAGCUUCCAUGUUGGUACUUGUGAAGAGCUCAAAAGUCUUAAUCAAGGGCCACUCAAGGAAAGGGAGAUAUUAAUGGGACAUGAGUGUGUAUCAAUUGGUGCCACUGACCGCUGCAUUACUGUAACUGCAUCCUUCCUCAAGGACGGGGUUUAUAUGGAGAAUGAUAUCCAGUGUAGUUUCCUAGUUGGGACAGAUGGUGCAGGAAGUACUGUGAGGAAGCUUGUAGGAAUAGAUAUGAGAGGCGAAAAGGACUUGCAGAAUCUUGUUAGUGUCCAUUUCUCAAGCCAAGACCUUGGACAGUACUUGCUCAGUGAAAGACCUGGCAUGCUAUUUUUUAUUUUUAAUACUGAAGGUAUAGGGGUUCUUGUUGCUCAUGAUCUGAAGCAAGGGGAAUUUGUAUUGCAGGUAGUGCAGGCUGUGAUAUAUGUUCAGGGAUUUCUGUUGGUUUAUGACUGCUGUAACCUGCACAAUAAACCUACAAUUUGGUCGUUAUCUUUUGCCUUGCAGGUACCAUUUUAUCCACCUCAGCAGAAGCUUGAGGAUUUCAGCUACAAGGUAUUUUUCUGUCGUUACCAAAUGAUCUAUUACGGUCAAGAAGAUAUACAGAAGAAUGCUAUUUGGUAAAGUAAUAAGAAUAUAAGGGAUUUUUGCUAUUGAUAUUCUGCAUAUCAGAUGUACUGGGUGUUUAGGAGGUUUAGGUGAAUGGUAUAGUAUAGCAAGUAAGGAUAUGAUGAUUCCAUUAUAAUCGUAUUGUUCGGAGGAUUCAACUUUUUGUAGAUGUGUGAAAGGUUAAUCAUCAAAUUGGUUGGCCAAGAGCUUGCAGACAUAGAUGUGAUAGAUAUAAAGCCAUGGGUGAUGCAUGCUGAAGUUUCUGAGAGAUUUGUAUCUUGUGACAACCGAAUAAUAUUAGCUGGUGAUGCUGCUCAUCGUUUUCCUCCAGCUGGUGGUUUUGGAAUGAAUACUGGCAUUCAGGAUGCUCAUAAUCUUGCCUGGAAAUUAGCCUCUGUUAUCAAGGGUACUGCUCCAUUGUCACUUGUUGCCACUUAUGAAAUGGAACGUAGGCCGAUUGCAAUUUUCAAUACUGAACUCAGUGUCCAAAAUUUUAGAGCAGCAAUGGAAGUUCCUGCUGUCCUUGGUCUUGAUCCAACUAUUGCAAAUUCAGUGCAUCGAGUUAUCAAUAAUACGUUUGGUUCCAUAUUACCGUCUGGACUACAGAGGGCGAUUCUGGAUGGGCUUUUCACUAUAGGUCGAGCACAGCUUUCAGAUUUUGUCUUGAAUGAGAACAAUCCAUUUGGUUCUUUGAGACUUGCUAAACUAAGGAGAAUCUUUGAAGAAGGAAAGAGCCUUCAACUCCAAUUUCCUGCUGAAGAUCUAGGUUUCAGGUACCUUAAGGGAGCAAUUGUACCAGAUGAUGAUAGUGUGUUGGAAGCACCAGAAGCCCCUACUGGUCGUAGGCGGGACUAUGUUCCCUCUGCAGAUCCAGGCUCAAGGCUGCCUCAUAUGAAUGUAAGGUUGUUAGCAAAACUAUCAAGUGAGGAAACGUUUUCCACAUUGGAUCUCGUAGCAGUGGAUAAAGUUGAGUUUCUUCUUAUUAUUGCACCAGUGGAGUCAUCCUACCGCCUAGCUCAUGUUACAUUCAAGAUAGCAGAGGAAUUCAAUUCUUCCGUAAAGGUGUGUGUGGUGUGGCCAGAUGGUACUGUUGAUGGAGCUGCAAGAAGUAAGGAAGCAUUUGACCCUUGGGAAAAUUACAUAGACGUUGUGGAAGUGAGGCGGUCAACAACUUCAUUGUCAUGGUGGGAUAUCUGCCAGAUGACACACAGAGGAGCCAUUCUAGUUAGGCCCGACGAGCACAUUGCUUGGCAUGUGAAGUCAGUAGUGGUUGGAGAUCCUACUUUGGAGAUGAAAAGGGUUUUCUCUUCCGUUUUAGGAGUCCAAUCCACCGGCCUACAGUAAAUGAAUAUGCUUGGCAAAUAAUUCAAUACUUGCAUGAAGGAUCAGGAGCUGUCUUCCCCUUCAAGCACUGGCCAUACUGAACAGCACAAGCAUGGUGCGAACUUUGCUUCUCUAUGUUGAUGGGAACUACAGUAGGAAAAUAACACUGAAUAUGGUCAAUGACAUUUAAUUAACUGAAUUUUUUUUGAGGCUUCUUAAACAUUUUACAAGACAAGAAUCCUAGGUUAGAAGCACUCCUGAAUCACCUUCUUUUAGAUUGGAAUAUUGGAUAGGUGUUACUUGAGGUUUGCAGAGAUUUGUUGUGUCCAUACUUGCGCUUUACCUGGUUGAUUUUCAUGUAGAUGCUUAUAUUUUCAGUGUCUCUUUAUC